CACAUUUAUGCGACAACAGGGUCACAUACGGAGACGGUCGUGUUGCGUAAAAAAUAGCAGGUAUUGAAGUUAUUAUAGGUCUUGAUACACAGAUAAACAUGUCCACUGCUAUGAAUUUUGGUUCUAAGAGUUUUAAACCUCGACCUCCCGAUAAAGGCUCUUUUCCUCUGGAUCAUUUAGGAGAGUGUAAAGCCUUUAAAGAAAAGUUCAUGAAGUGUUUGAGAGAAAACAGCUUUGACAACUCCAGGUGCAGGCUGCAGUCCAAACACUACCUUGAAUGCAGGAUGGACAAUCAGCUCAUGACCAGAGAGCCUCUGCAGAAACUGGGAUUCAAAGACUUAAUGGAUCCUCCUCCCAGCCAAGACAACAGAGACGCUAAAGUCUGACGCUUCCAAGGUGCACUACUUGGUGUUGAUUUGAACUUAUCCAGUAAUCAGGUGCGAGUGAGAUGAAGACUCCUGACCUCCAGAGACAAAUAAAGGAAAAAGGUGAAGCUGCAAAGAGCGACUUCAAAGACUGAGAGCAGCUCCUGCAGGAGGACAUCGACUCAUGGCCCGAGUUUGAGCGUAAACCGGGGGUGCCCAAGUCCGGUCCUCGAGAUCUGCCAUCCUGCAACUUUUAGAUGCAACCCUUCUCCAACACACCUGAAUCAAAUGACUGGCUCGUUACCAGGUCUCUGCAGAGCUGAAUGACAUGCAGAUGACAUCUGAUUCAAGCGUGUUGGAGAAUCAAUCUAAAAGUUGCAGGAUGGUAGAUCUCGAGGACCGAACUUGGGCACCCCUGGUGUAAACUAAUGAUGCACUGCAUAAACUGAAAAUAUCUCAUUUAUACAGAGAUGCAGUUUUGAUAGAACAAUAAAUCUUUGGGUUAAUACAUUUAAUACAGUUAAUUUCUGUUUGAUUUAUAUACCACAAACACACCAUUUGUUGACAAGUUCCUGGUACUAAGGUUAUAAGAAAUGGAGGUUUAGUGAAAACAAAACUCUUUUCUUUCUUUCUUUGUUUCCAAACAUUUAACGUGGCUCGAUAUGAGCUCUAAAACAAAGUCUUCAGUGCAUCAGUUGUUUUUCAUGGUAAAUUUGAAAUACUUUAAGUUUAUAAACUGCGCUGCAUGGAAAACAAGAUUUAGCUGGAAGUGUAUAAACAUUCAGAAGAAAACAGGUUCUAGAUGUUAAAAUAUUUAUUUAUAAUGUUCGUUGUGUAAAAAUUCAGGUCCAACAUUUCAUCAAAGAGUUUGUUAGAGAUGGUCAGCAUUUCAUUACAGUAGAGUUUAUUCCAGGAAGAAAUAAAAUUUCCUCUCUGGUUCCUCUCACUAUUUCUUGUGCCACAAUCUUUUAAAACCACAGGCCUCCGAAUUUUGGGAUGUUUAAAACAGAUGGGCCAACUGUGCUAAAAUGGU